ACUGGAUACUCCUGCACAGGCUCUGCACAGGCGUCCGUCGCCGGUGGGGGCGUGCCUCGCUUGCUGAAGAGGCGCGCGUUGCCUGGCGACCCAUUGAGGAGACUCCGUUUCAAGGAGCCGUGUGCGCAGACGUGCUUUUUUUAGCGGAGGGGCGUGUUUUGCCCUCUGCGCACGCGCCUCCCGGCCCUUUUCACCGCCUCUUUUCAUCCUCGCGAAAGCGGGCCCGUCUGUGCUUUUGCGCAGGCGCGCCUCUCCAAAGUGGGCCUGUCUCAGCAUUCACGCAAGCGCCCCUCGCUCGAGUGGGUGUGCCUUUGGCGAGCCGCGCCUGCGCGCGCCGCCCGAGGUGAUAUAAAGGCCCGCUCCCAAGAUGGCGGCGCAGUGCGGCUCCGUCGUCUGAGGCGGCGGGCGCGGCCUGCGCUCCCGGACGCGUUCCUCGGCCUGCUGGAGCGGCGCGAGGCGGCCGAGGGCGAGCGGCGAGCCGCCCGCGGCGGGCCUGUCCCCGGGGUGGAGGUGGGCGAGGCCUCGACGUCGCGCUCGGGCACGUCGUUCUCGCCGGCGGCUUCGCUGGCCAGCAGGAUGCCCAACAUCAAGCUCUUCAGCGGCUCCUCGCACCAGGACCUGUCGCAGAGGAUCGCCGACCGGCUGGGCCUGGAGCUGGGCAAGGUGGUCACCAAGAAGUUCUCCAACCAGGAGACGUGGUAGGUUGUGCGCAUGCUUGGCCGCCGCGGGGCAACCUGGGAAGGGUAGUUCCAUGCUGGGUGCGAGGGACGCGAUGGGUUUGGCGCAUGCGCGGCCGCGGGGCAGGCUGGGAAGGGCAGAUCUCCGAGACGAGCGAGCCAAUGAGUCUGAGGGGAGCGCUCGGGGAAUGAUGGGAGGUGUGGUUCCCGCAAGGGACGUGGUAGGUUGGGCGUAUGCGUGGUCGCGGAACAGCCUGGGAAGGGUAGUUUUCCGAGGCCACGGAGCCAUUGGGUCUGAGGGGAGUGCGCGGGGCAGGCUGGGGGCUGUAGUUCCUCCAGGCUGGAUGUAAUGCUGCGUCUCUAGGGGACUGGGGGCAUGUCCGCAACUGUAGUUCUCCAAGCAGGAGAUGGGGGCAGCACUCUGGGAACUGUAGUUUUCCAUGAAAGAAAUGCGGAGCACCACUAUGAGAACUGUAGUUUUCCAUGACAGAGAUGGGCAUCACUGUGGGAACUGUAGUUUUCUGCAGGGUGGAUUUGAUUUAAAACAAAUCGAUUUAAAUCAGUAAGACUUGAUUUAAAUCAUUUUUUAACAGAAAGACUCAUUCUUGCUUGUAUAAUUUUCUUAUUGACAAGCAGAUGAAGUUUUCCAUUUAGGAAUGAUACAUUUUCAGAGUCGUUUUUACAGUUAUAUCAAAAAUGACUGAUUUGGUUCUACUCUUAUAAAUAAACUGACAGAUAAUUAUGAAAUUCUGGUGAGUUAUACAGUGGUGCCUCGCAAGACGAAAUUAAUCCGUUCCGCGAGAGUCUUCGUCUAGCGGUUUUUUCGUCUUGCGAAGCAAGCCCAUUGACGGAUUAGCGCUAUUAGCGCUAUUAGCGGUUUAGCGGCUAUUAAAGGCUUAAAGGCUUAGGGAUUAGCUGCUAAAAGGCUAUUAAAGGCUAUUAAAGGCUUAGCAGAUUAGAUAAAGGGGGGGAAAAGCCAAAAAAUCUCUAGACUCGCAAGAUAUUUUCGUCUUGCGAAGCAAGCCCAUAGGGGAAUUCGUCCUGCGAAGCAACUUCAAAACGGAAAACCCUUUCGUCUAGCGGUUUUUCCGUCUUGCGAGGCAUUCGUCUUGCGGGGCACCACUGUAUUAAGUUAACGGUUUCUAUUUGGACAACUUGAUUGAUUGGAAGGAGAAAAAUAAUUGUUUCCUUAAUAACAAUCUAAACCAUUUAUUUCACUAAAACAAUAACAUGAUAGUAUGUGGAUCCAUGUUUGUUAACUGAUGUGAUUUAACAUUUUUUUUUUAAAAAAGAGUGUGUUUUAGCACACAUGAUAAACUUAUUUCCUGAUAUUAUAUUAUAUUAUUAUUAUUAUUCCUAAUCCCUAGCCCUAAGUCCUAUUGUUACUUCUAACCCUUAUCCUUAACCACCACCACCACCACAACAACAACAAUUAUAGGCUACAACUGAACCAGUUCCAAAAUAACAGUCAAAAUAAUAAAUCCUAAUUUCCUGCUGAAUAGCCUUUGGACUGGAAUUCUAAAAAUAUUUAGAAAGCAUUUUUUUUAAAAAAGCCAAUUUAAAUCAAAAUCAUCCAGUUUGAAUCGAAAAUAUCCCUUUUAAAUGGAAAAUAUCCAAUUUAAAUCGGAAAAAAAAUCUAUUUAAUUCGGGGGGGAAAUGCAAUCUCCGCAGCGUGGAGAUCGGCGAGAGCGUGCGUGGCGAGGACGUCUACAUUGUCCAGAGCGGCUGCGGCGAGAUCAACGACCACCUGAUGGAGCUGCUGAUCAUGAUCAACGCCUGCAAGAUCGCGUCAGCCAGCCGAGUGACAGCCGUCAUUCCCUGCUUUCCCUACGCCCGGCAGGACAAGAAGGACAAGGUUUCCGGGGGAACGGGAUUAAUAUUAAUGGCACACUUGGGAGGGGGCGAAGUUGCUGGGUUGACUGGACUGAGGGCGGCGAUGUCCCGGUCUUGCUAGUUAGGCUGGGUUAUAGGUGGAAUGAAUUGGAGACCUGCCUGCUAGGCAUUCUGGGAAGUGGAGUCUUUCGAGCUAGGCAUGCUGGGAGUUGGAGUCUGGCUAGCUAGGCCUGAUUGCAGUUGUGAUCCUAGCUGCUGGGCAGGAUGGGAGUUGGAGUCUUGCUAGCUACACUGGGUUAUGGGUGGGAACCUGCCUGCUAAGCAGGAUGGUAGUUGUAGCACAGCACCCGAUUCAGCGGCCCCCUUUCCAUUGCAGAGCCGAGCGCCCAUCUCUGCCAAGCUCGUCGCCAACAUGCUCUCGGUGGCCGGCGCUGACCACAUCAUCACCAUGGACCUGCAUGCCUCUCAGAUCCAGGUGGGGCCCCCAGGGCUGAUCCUGUCCAGCCUGCAUGGCCACAUGUGAACCUUCUGAAUAUUUUGACUAUUUAACACUUACGUUAAUAAUGUUGUUUUAAAUUUUAAUAUGUUGUGAAAUAUUUGAGCGCUCUUUUGGAGGGAAAAAGCGAGGCUUAUAUUCAGGUCAAUAUGGUACCAUAUUGGCCUGAAUAUAAGCCACCCUUUAACUUUUCACGGUCGGAAUUUGGGGGGUGAGUCUUAUAUUCAGGCCACUACAGUAUUAUUACGUUGACCAUGUUAUUAUGGUCUGCUUUUUAUGCUAUUUUCCAACUGCUUUUAUCAGAUUAAUGAUAAUGAUGAUGAUUGGGAACCACCCAGAGUUGCUGGGGAAACCCAGCCAGACGGAUGAGGUUAUAAAUAUAUGUUUCUGCUUCUGCUUCCUGGCCCAGGGUUUCUUUGACAUCCCCGUCGACAACCUGUAUGCCGAGCCGGCUGUUCUGAAGUGGAUCAAGGAGAACAUCGCCGAGUGGAAGAACUGCACUAUCGUCUCGCCAGACGCCGGGGGGGCCAAAAGGUGACCCCAGAAUUUCCAAAAAUUUCUCACAGGUCCCUUCCAGCUCUACCAUUCGGGGAUUCUGCGUUGAGAUUCCUGCCUUACCGGGGGCUGGACUGGAUGACACCCCCCCGGGGGGUGUAAUAAUAAUAAUAAUAAUAAUAAUAAUAAUAAUAAUAAUAAUAAAACAACAAUUUAUUACUUAUACCUUGCUCUUCCUCUGCUCAUCAAUAUUUGUAGGAUGCCAGCAAGGUUGAACCUAUCUGUAAAAAAGGGAUUUUAUUAUUCCAAAAAGGAAACCUCCUUCUGCUUGUCCAUAUUAAGAGGAUGCCAGCAAGGCUGAACCUUUUCAUAAAAAGGGAUUUUAAUAAUAAAAAAAAGGAUUUUAAAUCAAGACAUCUCAACCUAGAACCUCCUUCUCCCAGGGUGACAUCAAUCGCUGACCGCCUAAACGUCGACUUUGCCCUCAUCCACAAGGAGCGCAAGAAGGCCAGCGAGGUCGACCGCAUGGUCCUGGUGGGCGACGUCAAAGACCGGGCAGCCAUCUUGGUGGAUGACAUGGCCGACACCUGUGGGACAAUCUGCCACGCCGCGGACAAGUGAGUCUGAUUUAAGUGGGGGGAAAUCCGAUUUAAAUUUUUAAAAAUCUGAUUUAAAAUUUUAAAAAUCCAAUUUAAGUGGGGGGAAGUCCAAUUAAUUUUUUUUUAAAUCCAAUUUAAAUUUUAACAAUCUGAUUUAAAUUUUUUAAAAUCCGAUUUAAAUUUUAACAAUCUGAUUUAAAUGUUUAAAAAAUCUAAUUAAAAUAUUUGAAAACAAUCAGAUUUAAAUUUUAAAAAUCAGAUUAUUAUUGUUGUUAUUAUUAUUUCAAAAAAUCAUUGAUUUUUACCCACCCUGCUUGGAAGGCAACCCCUGUGGUCAUCCAGCCCAACCCGCUUUCCCCCGCAGGCUUCUCUCGGCGGGUGCCACCCGGGUCUACGCCAUCCUGACGCACGGCAUCUUCUCCGGUCCGGCCAUCUCCCGGAUUAACGGUGCAGGGUUUGAGGCCGUCGUUGUCACCAACACCAUCCCGCAGGAGGAGAAGAUGAAGCACUGCCCCAAAAUCCAGGUAGGGGGGAUUAUUAUUGUUAUUGUUAUUAUCUCUCUGGCACGUUUCUGAUCAUUCUCACACCUUUCAUUGUCGUCAUUUAUUAUUAGUAUUAGUAUUAUUAUUGUUAUUGUCAUUAUCUCUGUGACACGUUUCUGAUCGUUCUCACACCUUCCAUCGUCAUUUAUUAUUAUUAUUAUUAUUAUUAUCUCUAUGGCCUGUCCCAGAUUAUUUGGCCCCUUCCUCGCUCCACCUCGCCGCAUUGCAUUUCUAUUCUUUGUCUAUCGUCUUGUUGUUUUAUUGUGAUGGCAGAGUGCUGGCACAAAUCAAGAUUCAGUCAUUCACAGCUUGACUGGCAGGUGAAGAUUGAUUCAUUGAUUCAUUCAUUCAUCUUGUUUUAUUGCUAUGGCCAAGGGCUGACGCAAAUACUAAUUCAUUCAUAUAACUCCUAGUGCCCAGUUAACCCUGCCUCUCCCUCUCUUUCCCCCCUAGGUGAUUGACAUCUCCAUGAUCCUGGCUGAAGCUAUCCGCCGCACCCACAAUGGCGAGUCCGUCUCCUACCUGUUCAGCCACGUCCCGCUAUAGUUCCCGACCCUGGCGGGGAAAAACAGUCCUCUGUGCAUGUACAGAGUGCUGAGUUGGCUUUAUCCCACGAUUCCCCCUGUUUCAGUUUGGGGCGCUGGUGGGUGGGAAUUCUAGCGCGGGUCUAAUUUGGGGCUCAUUCUAUGCACUCGUUUCUCUGGUCCUUUCACUUCCCGAAAUCCUUUCAAUUGGGGGUGCCUGGCGGCCGGAAUUUAAAACACAAUUUAAAAUGGGGUAUUUAUUGUUCGUAUCCGAUGGGGCAAUCCAAUUACUUGGUGUCAGCACUACAAUUCCCUGCCCCUUGAUUUGGGGUUUUAAAGCUAUCACUCCCAGCCCCAAAUCCCAUUCGUUCCCCUCUUUUCUCGUACGCCAUGCUAGUUUCCUUCCCCAGAAAAAAACAACUUUUUGGAGGAAUCGGGGCGCCUGGUGUUGGUGCUAGAAUUCCCCCAGGCGCCCAGUGGUGCCACGACUCUCCUAUACCCCAUUCAUUUCAUUCUGUCUCCUAUCACCCCCCCCCCCCCCAAAUACACUUAAUUUUGAGCUCGGAUGCAGGUGCCCGGCGGCACUACAACUCCCCUAAACCCCACUCAAAAGUACACUUAAUUUUGAGCUUGGAUUCCCUGUCUUCGCGUCUAUUCAUUUCAUCCGAUCUCAACUUUCGAUUCCCAUUAUUCCCCUCCCCCCCCCCCCAAAAAAAAUAACCCCAAUUUUUUCGGAUUCUGGUCUCAGAUCCCGGGUGGCAGUAUGGGAAUUCUAGCGUGCUUUACAUGAAAAAAGUAUUAACCUGCGGGUUAAUACAGGAUGUGUCCUGUUCAUUUCAGAGGGGGGAAUUGCUGCUAUAGUUCUCCCCACUCAGAAAAAAUCCUGUUUAUUUCAACCCUUCGCCCUCGGGCGCCCUGUUGGGAAUUAUACACUCCUGAAGCUCCUGCUCCCCACCUCCAGUUCCAGGUUCAACUCCUGAUGAUGGACGAAUGAAUAAUAAACUCUUAUUUAAAAGCCCAAAA